AUGACUAGAACACAAUAUACAGAGCACGCCGAGUUUGAGACUACCCGCAGGCUGUUGGCAUGCCUGAUCAAUGAGGGCCUGGUUGAUCUUGCCCUCCAGAGAGUCGAAUCCUCAAAGCAAAGGACCCUUUGCCUACGAUCUUUAGCAAACGAUGGUAAAUCGUCAUCCAUUUCCGAGCUUCUAGUUGGCGUCAGCUCGGAUACUCUGGUCGAUGAAGCUGGAAGGAUUUGCUGUCCAAUUGCGCCAGAACAGCUUGAGCUGCCUGUGAAAUUGGAAAGCAACAAGGGAAAUACAUUGCUCGAGGCAAAUCCGUCAAAUAUCCUCCAAGCGAUUCAUGAAUGGAUUCCCGAAUCCAUACCAAAUAUUCCACUUCUGGAGUCUACAAAACAGAUGCUACAAAAUUCCGCUGAAAACCAGGAAAAAUGGCUUCAAUUUCACCAUCAGCAAAUCCCCUGUGACCUCAACAGUGCUGCAAUUGAGUGGGAAAGAACUGUCAUUUUUGGACAUCCUGAACAUCCCCUUCAUCGAUGCCUGUACCCGGAGUCAUCGCUAUUAGCAGCGAGUGCAGGCGACUUGAUCACACCAGAUAUAUCCUUCAUCUCUGUUCCAGAUGCACAACUUGAGACCACGGGUCCCUUUACACCAACAUUGCAGCCUCUACUGGAAAAACUAGGUCUUCCCCCGCCAAUCGAAGGAGAAACGAUAAUUCCCUGCUUUACAGCCAAUCUCCCACUCGUCCUUUCUCGCUUGCCAGAAGCCACUUUGAUCCAGUCUUUCCAAGGCAUCGCCGAUGGCCAGGCCUCAGCACGCUCUGUCUCCAUCAAACCGCACUUCGGUUCUGAUCACCACCUGAAAAUGUCCCUGCCAUUCCAGAUUACCGGAGCCAUUCGAAACGUCAAGCCUUGGCAAGCGUAUCAAGCUACAUACAUGACUGAGCUAAUCGAGCGUCUUGCCCACCCGAAUCUCUGGGUUAAUCGAGAGACUGCGACGAUCACGGGUGUCAAUAUGGACGUGCAAGCGGCGCGAACGGUGUGCUGCAUUCUCCGCGAGGAUUUGGAGCCGCGUGCUUUGAAGGAGGGUCAAUCGUUGAUAAUUGCAGCGGCACUUUAUCAUCGUCCUGCUGGGGAAACUAGGACGUAUGCGGAGAGGCUUUUUGAUUUGGAUGGUUUGGAGGAUAAAUGCUCCUGGCUUCGGAGGUAUAUAGGCCUCCUAUUCCAGCUAGUCAUCCCCCUCCUAGGCCGUGGCGUCGUCCUCGAAACCCACAGCCAAAAUGUCCUAGUCCGAGUUGACAAACGCGCUAAUUCCGUCGUUGGUUUCGCCAUCCGAGACAUGAACGGAGUCAAGAUACACGUUCAAACCCUCCAAGACCAAGGAAUUGCCGUGGACAAACGACUAGCCCAAAUAUCCGAAACAAGAGCCGCCAGUCUCGAAGCUCUGUGGAAACGAGCUCAUCGAACUCUCAUCCAAAAUCAUGCCGGGUUUCUCAUGCGCAGUCUUGGCUUGGAUAACAGCCAAGGGUGGUCAGUUGUUCGGGACGAAUUGGAGAAAGUGCUUUUUAGUCCAGAGUGCCCGAUGGGUCAAGAGCUGCAUCGGUUCUUUUGGGCGGAAAGUAUGGGGUAUCCAUGUUUCUUGGGUGCUAUUUUGCGGGGGAAGCCGCUAGAGCUUGAGAUAAAGCAGCAUCCAAACAUCUUGCUGAGGUAA